AUGGUGCUGCUUCUGCUAGCUGUGCGCUCUCUGGUGAUAAACAGACAGAUAUCACAGGAUACAAAGGUGGUUCAAACAGGACCUGCGACAGAAAUAUUAAAUGAUGAACACUACCGUGGCAGACUUCAGCUGUUUAAUCACAGUUCUCCUGCUAAUCUGUCUCUGCUCAUAUCUGACCUGAGAGAAGAGGAUGUGGUAGACUACAGGUGCAGCACUGAGAAGGAACACAGAGACAUCAAGCUUCAUGUUAAAGGCUGUUCUCUCUCUGCUGAUAAUCAGACAGAAAUCACAGGACACAAAGGUGGUUCAGUGCUGUUACCCUGCUCCUGCUCUGACCUGAACACCAAACCUCAGAAAUUCACCUAUUGGACCUACAGAACAGGAUCUGCGACAGAAGUGUUAAAUGGUGAACACUACCGUGACAGACAUCAGCUGUUUAAUCACAGUUCUCCUGCUAAUCUGUCUCUGCUCAUAUCUGACUUGAGAGAAGAGGAUCAUGGAGUCUACAGGUGCAGCACUGAGAAGGAAUACAGAGACAUCAGGCUUAAUGUUAAAGGCUGUGAGCUGGUGAAGACAGGAGUAGAGCGUGUGACUAUGUUCACAGGAGAGUCUGUAGUUCUGCCCUGCGUCUGCACUGACCUACAGGACAAACCAAUUUCUGUAAAAUGGGAGUUUUCAAUACCAGCAACUGGAAUCAGACACUUUCAGGAAAUUUACCCUAAACAGACUGGACAUCACAGAAACAGAGUCAAACUGGUCAGUAACAAUGCUCCAGGAAACCUCUCGCUACUCAUAUCAGACCUGACUGAAGAGGACCAGGGAGACUACAGAUGUUCUGUACAGGACGAUAGCAGAGAUGUCAGAUUAUCUGUUAAAGGAGGAAGAUGUGGAGAGGACGUGAUUACUGAAGGACGUCCGGACUGUAAGAGAAAGCCGGAGGAUCAGACUGAACCUGACCUUGUCACUUUCUGUACUAAAUAACACAUGAACACAGCCAGAGCAGCAUGAGUUCAGAUCAACGCUGGAGAGAAAACUGAAUAUAGCAGCAUUAUAACAAUCUAAUCCAAAAUAAAUAUAGACACAUUCUCAGAUAUUAUAGAAUAAUGCUGAAAACAUAUAUUAAAUACACACCAUGGACUAGCGCAAGACUCACUCUGUUGGAAUUUUUGUAUGUAUGUGAAAUUUUGCUAUUUAUAAAAUCAGAUUCAGAUAUGUGUGUGUGUGUGUGUGUGUGUGUGUGUGUGUGUGUGUGUGUGUGUGGUGGGUUCCAGAUAAUUGUGUUCUCUUCACCUUCAUUUAUAUUAGCUAAGGGUAUUGUUCUGCAUUCACUUUGUCUAUUAAUCAUUAAAAACUGCUGAUGGAUAAUCUUGCAAAUUAUAUUUUGAAAGUUAUUUUAUAUCUUAUGUGUACCAUUCUUACGUAUAUGAGAUUAAAAAAUAAAUGCUCUAGGAGACUUUUGCAUAAAUAGACUGCUAUAGAAGUUCUUGUUUGUGACUUUUUAAAACUUUGAAUAAAAAUAAAAAAAAGGAGGAUUGUUGAAUCUGCCUGAACUGAA